AUGUCGGGAAUAAGGAAUCUGAUCUGUGGAUAUAUAUUACUGGCUCUUGGAUGCAGCUGCUGUGGCUCUAGGAAUCUAACCGAGUUCCUUUUGCAUCGCCAGCGUCGAGGACUCAUCUAUCAGAAUAGUGGAUCCAUCAAGUUUGGCAUUGGACCAUCUUUGCCAAUUCCUUUGGGGGAUCACGUGACCUUUCGCUCGACUGUGCUCUCCUUCACAUUACAGGGUGGCACCUACAGCCUGCCAACUACGCCCAUUUGGCCUUGGGAUAAAUGGGAAAGCACUUUUGCCAGAUCUCUGCAGCAAAUGAGACGCAACAUUGAGAGGCAUGAGGCAAACGGAGGCGUUAGAUAUGCGGACGAUGCACGUCUGUUGGUUUACACGGUCCUGGAGGAGUACAUGGGCAGAAGGAACAAUGAUAUGCCUAUGGGCAGACAAUGCCUAUUGCGUUCCAUAUGCGAAAAUGCUCAGGUUCAUCAUCAUGUUGGCAUUUUCUCCGAAAUUCUAAACAUUGUGCUGAGUCCGGGCAAAGCGGAUUUAGAUAACUCCUAUCACGAUGCCUUUGCUGCUGGCCAGGCAGGUGCUAAUUGCCUGGCCCUUUUUAAGGCUUGUCCACGUGGCCUCAACUUUCUGGAUGAGCUGUUGAUGCUGGAACACAACUGAAACUUGAUUGAUUGGAUUGGAUUCUCGUUAUGGAUCGAUGCAUUGAACAACAAUAAAGUAUUUCAAAUUGGCAAAUCAAAUCG